CGCAAAAAUCGUCUUAAAACAAAAAGCUCGCCAGUCGCCAUAUUCAAAAACUCCAUCCUUUGUAGCGUCAGUGUUAGCGGUAGCAGCAGCAGAGUCCUAUACGUGCAUUGCUUCCUCUGCGGCGCACGUCCGGUGUUACACCUUUGCCAACUGCUACAGGAAUUUUAUUGUUUUAGGGCCAUUUAUUCUAAUUAGAACACCCCCACCACCACCCCCCCACCCCUUUUCCAACCCCAAUACCCUACAAAAUAAGAAAAAAAAAAGGUUGUAUAGAGACAAAGACGGUGGUAAUUUAUAUAUCGAGAGAAAAGAAGAGGAAAAUGGAGACGGAAUGCGAAACCAAAGAAUCAAAGUUCCGGAGGAUUUGUGUUUUCUGCGGUAGUAGCCAAGGCAAGAAGACUAGCUACCAAGACGCUGCUAUUGAGCUUGGCAGGGAAUUGGUCUCCAGGAACAUUGAUUUGGUCUACGGAGGAGGCAGCAUAGGUCUGAUGGGUUUGGUUUCACAAGCUGUUCAUAAUGGUGGUAGGCAUGUUCUUGGAGUUAUUCCCAAGACGCUCAUGCCUCGAGAGUUAACUGGUGAACCAGUAGGGGAAGUGAAAGCAGUGGCAGACAUGCAUCAAAGAAAAGCAGAGAUGGCUAGGAACUCAGACGCUUUUAUUGCCUUACCAGGUGGUUAUGGGACUCUUGAGGAGCUGCUUGAAGUGAUAACCUGGGCUCAGCUUGGUAUCCAUGAUAAGCCGGUGGGAUUGCUGAAUGUUGAUGGUUAUUACAAUUCAUUGUUGUCCUUCAUCGACAAAGCUGUGGAGGAAGGAUUCAUCAGUCCAAGUGCGCGCCAUAUCAUUAUUUCUGCACCAACAGCUCAGGAGCUGGUCAAGAAAUUGGAGGAAUAUGUUCCUCGCCACGAGGGAGUUGCUUCAAAGUUGAGCUGGGAGAUGGAGCAGCUUGGCUAUCCUCCAAACUAUGAUAUCUCAAGGUGAAAAAUUGGGAUUUGCUGCACUCGAGGGAGCUGUUAGAUUAUUAAAUUUAUGGCAGCAGUUUAAAAAAAAAAAAAAGGGUCUGUCUGACUGGAGGGUUCUUGGAAUUUUUGUUGCGAGGGGAAUUCUUUUGUAAAUUUUGAGAUGAAAGUGACCUCAAUGCUGACAUCUUUCUAUUCCCUUCGCAUAGUUUUCAUUGCAAGUUGUAACUAGUAAGUAGGGAAAAGAAAACUCUGGAAUUGUCGUAUAAUCCUCCUGUCUUUAAGAAAGUUCAUAGUGGGCUGCAUUUACCUAUGCAAUAUAAGCAAUUAAAGUUUCUUGUAA